CAUUUCUUAAUCUACUCGUUUUUCCCCCCAGCAAUUAAAACAAAUGUAUAGUUACACUCUGUGUCUUUCUUUUUAAAACGUGAUGAGGCGACAUUUCAAAAUGGGUUGUGAACAAUUGUUUUUCAAAUGUUUUGUCUUUUGAAAUGCUUGUCUACUUGGAAGCUAAAUGCUAUAUUUAUUCCAUUUGUAUACAAUGAUAAUCAUAUAGUCACAGCAGAAAGUAAAUCAUCUGUCUGUAUGAUGAACAUGAAAGAAAUAGUUUUGUUUUUAGAAUGUACACAGAGCUGCAAGCUGCACAAAAUAUAUUUAUAAAUGAAUCAUUUUAAUUUUGUUUUGUAAGGUUAAAAUACAAGUUUUCUUUAUAGUUGUGUUUCAAUUCCAUAUUCUUUUGAAUGAAAAUCUUUAAUGAAAUCAUCUUUGAAUGAAAGGUUUAGUGAUUAAACUCCAAUCACUACUCAGAAUAACUGGGAAGUUACUAAUAAGUACAUGGAAAGUAAAUGAAACCGUAUCCUCACCUGUUCUUUUGUAAUUGUCAUGUUAUUUAAUCUUUGUUCCACAUUCAUGGACAUUCAUUGUCGUCAAAAACUGUAAAGAAAAACCACACAAAACCCAGAGGAACCGGUUUUGGCUUUAUUGGCAGCUACAUCAGAGUAAAGCGGCUAAUGAACUGGAAAUCUAGCCCAUUGGCUUACUUCUGCAUUUAGGAAUAAGUAAAGUCAAAUCACAAUGACGACUGUAGUUAUGCAGAUGCCUCAGAAGAGUGGCUGGAAUUCAGGAAUAUGUGACUGUUGCCAGGACUUGAAUUCUUGCUGCUAUGGGUUCUGGUGCUUUCCUUGCUUUACCUGCACCACCACUGGGGAGUUUGGGGAGAGCACCUGUCUGCCUCUGCUGGACAUAUUCGGCCCAGGCAUCAUGGCAGCUUUCGGGGUUCCAGUAUGUGUGCCACCUGUGUCUUUGGGAAUGAGGGUGGCAGUUCGCCACAAAUACGAUAUUGGGGGCAGUAUCUGUGAGGACAUCAUGGUGACUUGCUGUUGUAUCUGGUGUUCUUGGUGUCAGAUGAGUAGAGAAAUCAAAGCACGCAAACAAACGGUCACUAUACUGACAACACAUCCUGUGAUUCAACCCUUUCCAAUGGCAACCACCACACAAGUUAUCUCUACACAGCAGUCGGUUGGAGUGAUCGAUGUGGCACCGGUAGCAUUUGCUCCUGCAGUCCAGAUGGCAGCGAUUCCGUCUGUCACAACAUUUGUUAAAUAGAAGGACUGCUACUUGCGUCUCACUUAAAUAAUAAUGAUGGCAUACAUAAAUAUACAGACACAAUAUAUAUAGACUAUAGUAAUUGAUGCAUAGUGUAAUAUCUAACCUGCUUAAAUUAAAUUUUGUGAAUGGCUUGGAUGCAUUUGGAAGUGUCUGUCUUUAUAUUGUUUGGUCUCUGAUGAUUCUUGAUUAAAUAUGUUAAGGUGAUCUUGUCUGUGAAUAUCUAGUAGCAGAAGUGAGCACAACUCAUUUCUGAAGAAAACUGAGAUACUGUUUACAGGAAUAAA